AAAAAAAGAAAGAAAGACAAAUCUGGUUCUUGAAAAACUGGUGAAAAAAAGUUUUCCUAUCCCAUCUCCAAUUUCAUCAAGAAUUUAAAACCUAGGGAUUAAAUAAUUUGAUUAAAGUCCCAUACAAUUAUGGGCCAAACACUUUAUGUGGAUUACAUUGGAAAAAAAAAAAAGAAAAACAAUUAACACUCUCAUUUCAGAUCAUGAUUGGCUUUUAUAUCUAAAGUAGCCCAAAAACAGUAAAGAGAUGUAUUAAAAAUAGAGAUAUGUUGCAAAAAAUAACAAGAAAGAAAAGGAAAGUUAUCUCUGAGUUUUGAAGUAGAAAAAAAAAUAUAAAAUAUGCAGACAAGAGAAAUUAUGGGUGGCGAAGAGAAGAACCUUAAUCCGAUGGACUACCUAGUUACCGAUUUACUGGAAGAAAUCUUACUUGGACUGCCGUUGAAAUCAGUCUUCAGAUUCAAAACAGUCUCAAAGCAAUGGAGAUCAAUCCUGGAGUCGAGGAGGUUCGUGGAUAUGCGUUUGAAGAAAGUUCAGAAGAAGCUGAAAAUCCUAGCUGUGGGAGAAGGCCGGACCAAGUCGGGAUUUGAAGGUGACGAAGAGAUCGAGAUGAUCUAUUUACACUGCGAUGACGCCACACAACCCUCGCUGACAUUCGACGGUUUGGUCUGCAUCCCAAAACCAGGUUGGAUCAACGUUUUGAACCCAUCGACCAGACAACUCCGGCGAUUCCCUUGUAGCCCAGAUCAUCCCGUGUCUCCUUUUUGUCUUAAUCGUCAGCUAAGAGCCUGGCCAUACCUCACUUUCUUCCCGGGAAAUUGGGCAAUGGGAUUCGGUAGAGAUAAAGUUAAUGGUUGCUAUAAAGUGGUGAGGAUGUGUUUUGAUCCUGUGGAAGAAUGUGAGGUUCUUGAUCUUGAAACAGGUGAAUGGAGGAAACUGAAUCCACCUGGACCACCUUUUCACGAUAUCGAUGUGGGUAGGAAGUCAGUGUGUGUGAAUGGGUCAAUCUACUGGUUAAAACUUUUGUGGGAUUUGAAAUUACUUGCCUUGAAUCUUCACACACUAGAGUUCCGAUAUGUUUCGAUUCCACAUACGUGGUUCACCCUUGAUACCCAGAUAAUGAACCUUGAGGACCGUCUAGCCAUAGCCAAAACCCAUGGUGGGCCUGAAUGGGAACUAGAAAUACUGAGCAUGAUGGAUUCAGAAGAAGAAUUAUGGACCAAGACUUACUCCAUAACUUUAGCCAGUAUCAUUAUUGGCCUCCCAUGGGAGCAUAGUUGGUUCACGGUGGUGACUGUUUCAAAGUUAGGGAAUCUUGUCUUGUAUGACAAACACAAGAGGCUGUUCAAAUAUAAUACAAAGACAAAUGAGAUUUGCUGUCUCUCCUCAAAUAUUUCUGUUAUAUCUCUUUGCCUCGAGAAUUUGGCACCACUUCGAUCUGACUCAGGACAUCAUCCGGAUCCGGAUCCGGAGGAUUAUAAAAUCAGGAUAUCUAGUUGCGGAUUGUGUUUGAAGCAUCCGGAGGCCGGGAUAUCCACUCUAGUUGUAGAUCGUUAAAAUGGAAGUAAAUGGACUCCUCUCUAUCUCUAUGCCCCUUGCUUGUACCUUGUAAGCAAGUAGCUCACUAAAAGGUGGAGGAGACUCACUUUGUUCCCGAAGACAUCUUACUGCGGCAAUGUUUCAUUAUCUUGCUCAUUCACUUUGUUUUAUUUUUUAUUUUAUUUUUCCAAAAUUACUUAUUUGGUAUUUUUAAGGAUGCUAUAAUGUUACGGAUGGCUUCACCUUACCGAGAUGGCAUUCUAAGCUCAAUAUUCUUAAUUUAAUUACUUCUUCAGGAA